AUGUUUUGGCUGAAUAUUUGUAUAAAAAGACAUUCUUCAAAAAAAUUUAAGGUUCGAUUUGCUGCACACGUUCAUUUGACUAUGAAAGCUGUGGAAGAACGAAUUAUGCUAGUUUUGAGCCUGUAUGAUAAGAUAGAUCCAAAGAAACUGACACUCGAUUCAGAUUUUGUUAAGGAUCUAGGAUUGGAUUCACUGGAUUUCGUGGAAGUAAUAAUGGCCAUUGAAGACGAAUUCAAGUUUGAAAUUCCAGAUGGUGAUUCAGAUAAUAUAAAGACGCCAAGGGAUAUAUAUCAGUAUAUUUGUGAUAGAAAAGAUAUUUAUGAAUAA